AUGGUAUUUGUGGAGGGGACGAAGGAGUCUAUCCAGGGAGCUUUAGCAGUGUUUGAUAUCUUUGCUGAGUGGUCGGGUCUUAUGAUAAGCAUUGCCAAAUCCACAUUAUAUCUAGCAGGGGUUUCGGAGACUGAGACAAACAACAUAUUAUCAAAUUUCCCAUUUGCAAAAGGUGAUCUCCCGGUUCGUUACUUGGGUCUACCUUUGAUGACUAAAGUGAUGAGGAAGCAAGAUUACUUUCCUCUUGUGGAGAAGAUCAGAGGUAGAAUCAGUACUUGGACCACAAGAUUUCUCUCGUUUGGGGGAAGACUACAACUGAUAAAGGCUGUGAUUAUGAGUGUAGUAAACUUCUGGUCAACGGUUUAUCUCCUACCAAGCAAAUGUAUUAAGGAGAUAGAACAUCUUUGUGAGGCUUUCCUAUGGACAGGACCAGAGUUGAAAGCUACGGGAGCUAAAGUGGCUUGGUCGGUUAUCUGUCAGACAAAUAAAGAAGGAGGUUUGGGCAUAAGAGAUCUUAAAGUUGUAAACAGAGUAAAUGUACUAAAACUCAUUUGGCGAUUGUUCUCGAGUAAAUCUCUAUGGGGGAGAUGGAUUGAAGUGAAUCUGCUGAAAAAGAAGUGUUUUUGGGAGAUUAAGGAGAAAACACAAAUGGGAUCUUGGAUGUGGCGAAAAAUGUUAAAAACGAGAGAUAUAGCAAGGAGGUUUCAUAAGAGAGAGUUGGGUAAUGGUGUUCUGGUUUCUCUAUUGGGUGAGCGUGGUAUUGUGAGCUUGGGGAUCAGGAGAGAGGCUACUUUGGAGGAGGCGGUUAUGUGUGUUAGAAGAAGGAGGAGUCAUCGAUCACAGUUGCUGAAUGAAGUUGAAACUCAGUUAGUGCUGGCUAAGGAGAAGUUGAGAGAUGGAGUGGAAGAUGGUAAUAUAUGGAAAAGGAGAUCAGGUUAUAAAAAGGAAUUCUCGACUCAUGAAACCUGGUCACAAAUGAGAACCCUGGGGGAGAGUUGCAGUUGGUCUAAAGCCGUUUGGUUCUCUCAGGCGACCCCAAAAUAUGCGUUCAUGACCUGGCUUGCAGUAAGAGAUAAAUUGUCUACUAUGGAUAGAGUCUCUAAGUGGAGGCAGGGUGCUGAUGAGAUAUGGGAGUGUCAAACUAGUGGUAUUCUUCUCAGUGCACAAACCAAUGUAUGGUCUGAGGUCUUAGCUAUUAUAAUGGAUGAGAGUUUGGAGAAGAAGAAGAGAUUUUGUCUAAGAUAUGCAUUUCAGGCGACAAUUCAUGCUGUGUGGAUUGAGCGAAACAAGAUCAAGCAUGAGGUGAAGCCUCUACUUAUUGCAACUGUGAUGAAGUUAGUGGAGAAAGGGAUCCGUAACAAGCUGAGUAUUUUGAGAUCAAGAGGAGUAAAAGGAUGGGAAGAUGGGUUGCAGUAUUGGUUUACUAGAACCUAA